UCACAUGACACAGAGAUCUCACCUCCUCUUGCCAGUUUGGGAGUUUGCCAUAAAGUGGAAUGUUUGUUGAAUGGACUGUUUUGAAGAGAGUACCAGAAAGAGGACGACAGACAAAACAAGCGAGACACUGGUCUGAAGGGUCGGUGUUUAUAUGAAGAGGAUGCGAUUAAGAGGAUGAAUUUCUACCACAUGCAAGCCAAAGUAAUUAAGAACGAGUGAGUUGUGCACAGAUGACUUCCAAACAAGAAUCUACAUUUUUUAACUUCUCAUCCAUUUUUUCACAAAUGGCUACAUCACACAGACACAUUGCAGACUGUGCCACCGCUGCUGCCCUUGAGGAUCAAAUAUUCAUCUGGGAAUUUGCACUCAUCAAUCAGCUUUCCUUCAAUCAUCACCAUAACUUGUGCAUGACCAAAACAUAAAUUCUGGAUUUAAGACACUUCACCACAUGUAUUAUUCUUAAUAUAACUGGCUUUGAUUCUAAAAGAAAAUACAGACCUGCAUGAUGGCCUUGAAAAGAAGACUAUUCCUCACCUUGUUCUUGUUUACCCUCCAAGCCAGCAGAAUCAAAGACUUCAGCAGGGACCAUUUAUCAGGGAACAGCAAUGUCAAAUACAGUCACGAAGCCUCACAAGCUGCCAGGCAUCUGUCAGCUGUCCGAGAUUCACUUAUCCUGAACAGGCUUCGAGUGAAGAAAUCAGCACUAUUCAGUACUGGGGUCAAAGCAUGUCCACAGCAGUACAUGGCAGAGGUCAUUGCCGGCCGCAAAUCGUUCUACAAACUGAGAGUCUGCCAGGAAGCUGUAUGGGAAGCCUUCCAGAUUUUCCUGGACAGAGUGCCUGACACUACAGAGUUCCAGCAGUGGGUACAUGCCUGCCAGACAAACCUACAGUGUGUGGAGGACUUGGCCCAUAGUUUCAGCAGCACCCAAGAACACCUUAGCAUGAUGGCCAGGAGAUUGAGUGUUCAACAUACCCAAGAGCAUGCCAUGACCACAUCUGCACCAGGCGAGGAAUGUUCGGAAAGUCACGAAGAGAAAUUGAUCAUGGAUUCAGAAAAGCCCAAGGUCUCAGCUGUGCAGUACAUAAUAGAGUUCAGCGUGACUGUGAAUAACCAAGGCUACAGUCAACUGCAGAGUGAUCCUGGCAACUUGCAAUAUCAGGAUACCCCCCACAGUCUUCAUGAGCAGAUGCUACAAAUUUUCAACAAACUUGCUGGUUUUAAGGAGAUUCGACUGCUGGGAAUUCAUCCUGGAAGUGUUGCGGAGCACUAUGCUGUGGUGUUUGAGAGAGCAGUGGACUCUACAGGAAUGGGGCCCUCAGAAACUGCUGGAGAAUCUGGCACAGAAAUAGCCCUGAAGGACAUGGUAUUAAAGGCCCUGAGUGAAGAUACAUUUCUGCCUUUGGAAAUUCAUUCUCUCAGCAUUGAACCAACUACACAAAAUCAUUUAAAAGACCCAUCAACGGACAAACCAAUACAUCUACCUGCGGUUAUUAGUGAGCAACUAGUAGUAGCCAUCUCUGAAAAGACUGCUGAGUCAAUUAACAACUCAGGGGAAGAAACAUCUCCUAAUGGAACUCAAGGGAGGGAUAAGGAGGCAAUAGAGAGCACAUUUCCUACACAGGAAACAUACAAGCAUUUGCGCACUGUAACUACAUCAGUGGAUAUUACAGAACCAUCUCCACCUGAACCAAGUGGUGGCUCCAAGCUAAAGGAAGCUGAGGAACUAAAUCAAUUCACUAAGGCUGAAGGAUAUAAGAGGAACACUACUUUGGAGUCCCUAUCAAAGUUGUCUGAAGUGGCACAGGCUCAUGGAAAUGAAAUUGCUGCUAUGCCCAACUCAAUGAACUUGAACUCCAUUAAAGCUGUAAGAGCUUCUACUUCAAAUCAGUAUUCAGAGGGUUUAGUUGAUGUAACCGAAGCCUCAUUUAAGCACAAAAUAUCAGUUAUGCCAUACUUUAACCCAACUGAGAUGCCUAAAGCAGGGAACACAGAAGGUAGUACCACUAGAGCUUUGGAUGUCAUUUUCCAAACAACUCAACCCAGCGGUUUCAUGCACAACUCUGAGGUACAGAGCACAAAUGACUCAACAGAGUUAUUAAGGUUUUCUUUAGUAACCAGGCUUGAAGACACCUUCCAGCAUAUUAAGUCAACAUCAAUCCCUCAAACAGUAUCUUCUGUAAACUUACCCUCAGACCUACCUGGAAAUUUCCUCAAUAAUUUCCAGGUCAAUAAAGGCUUGCCAUCAGAGACAGACAAUUUCCAGUCCUCAGACCUUUCUCUAGACAAAGACGUUGCUGUGUUCUUUAGUAUACGGAUUGCCAACAUGAUCUUUUCAGAGGAUCUUGUAAAUAAAAGUUCACCUGGAUAUGCAUCUCUGAAGAACACAUUCCUUGAACUAAGACAAAUUUCUGAAUCCAGAAGGACACAAACCCGAGAGUCUUCCAGUAAACAACGUGAGAAGAACCAUCAGACAUUAGCCUCAAUACCGUUGCUCCAGUUUCUACAAUCCAAUCUAACUGGAUUUAAGGAGUUGCAUAUCCUCAGCUUCAGAAACGGCAGCGUGGUAGUAAACAAUGAGAUGACGUUGUCCAAAAGAGUGAUGGAUAAUGAAACUGACACCCAGUCAGGUAAACACAAUGAUCCAUGCAAGUAUAUGGAUUGUAAUGAGUUUUCUCACUGUGUGGUGAACACUCUGACCACUGAGGCUGAGUGUCUGUGUGACCCUGGCUAUAGUACAGUGGACGGUCUGCCCUGUCAAAGCAUCUGCAACCUCCAGCCCAACUACUGCCUCAAUGGAGGAUUAUGUGAGAACAUACCAGGACAUGGAGCCAGCUGCAGAUGUCCUGCAGGUAAAUAUUGGUUCUAUGAUGGAGAGCGCUGCAGUGAGCUGGUGUCUUUGCCAGUUGAGCCAUUUAUAUUUGUCCUCUGUCUGAUGGGAAGUCUCACAGUGGUGGGUGCUGUGAUAGGCUUGUUAGUGUACAUUAACAGGAAAUGUAUACAAACCAGAAAGACAGUGACACUGGUGCAUUCACACUCUCCCCUGCCUACUGAAAGAAUUAUGAGAGUGAAUCCAGUUUUUGAGAAUGAUGAUGGUGUCUUGACUCAUGUGUCCAGCAUCAGUUCACCCACAAUCACUGACUCUGGCUCAUCUCAACCCUCUGACCAGAGCUCAUUUUACUCAGUGGAAAAUAUGCACCUGAGCAUUGAGAUUCCCAGGCAGCUCUACACAACAAAAUCUGAAAAAUUAUUAUCAGAAAUAGUUGGUUUCCACCACUGCAUACCACAUGUCCAGACAUGGAGGCUGUCUCAUGAACACAGAACAUCCUGUUGUCUUCUGAAAGGAUCUGACAGUGAUGGGUUUGAAGUGACUGUGUUAUGAUUGUGUUAUGUCAUGGACGGUCACAUCGCCUGAGUUCAAAUUAGCAGCAAGGGUCAAAAGCAGAGCAAGGAGCAGCGAAAGCAUUGUUCGAGGCUUACCCACUGUCAAGAUGUACCCGUGAAGCUGUGUGUGAUUUGUUCUUAUUGUUAUUGUUAUUAGACAAAAUGUAGUUAGUUUAGACAUUAUUAUAUCUCCAGUGUUCUUAUUUUAUCAGCUUCUGCAGCUUUAGUUACAUUCCAAUAAUGAUCUAGAUCUACUAAAAUUGUAUAGGAAAAUGUUCUGGCUUUUGUAUUCAGUCAUUUUUUUUUUAAACAUUGAUGAAUUAAAACAUUAAUUUGUGUGCUGA